AGCCAAUAAAAUUUUCCAAUCUUUUUUUGUCCUGCUGAGAACUGCUUCACGCUGUUAGCGGAAGGAAGAAAACGUUGUGUAAACAAUUUUAUCUUGAUGAGAAAAGCUACAUGGCUUCAUCUCCGCCCAGGAUCACACCCACCCAUGUCAGCAGCCUCAAAACCCCCAACAAACAAGCUGUCACUGACUACAUCGAGGGCAGCCGACUUUGUUGUUGUUUUCUUUUCUUUUCUUUUUCUUUUUUUUUAAGAUAACACGUUUCAUCAGCAAAAUUCAGAAAGAAACUCGCACACACACCAGUGAUGGUUGUUGUAAGGAGGCUCUGACGAGCAGAAUGGCUUACCACAGUCAGGGGAUGAUGGAGCACAUUUCACUCGUCCGUCCGCUGGCUCUCCACGGCAUCUCCAUGGACAACAGCGGAGCGCACCGUCAAGACGCGCUUCGCUUCGGACUGCCCUGCCACCUGGACGCCUACUUUGACCCCGUGCACGGACAGAGAUUACCCUGCAGACAAUUCUCCUACAUCCCCUUUCACGGACCCCUCGGUGUGUGCGAUUACUCUUUCGAGCCCGCGUUUAUCCGGAAAAGGAACGAACGUGAACGGCAUCGAGUGCGCUGCGUAAACGAGGGUUACGCGCGCCUCCGGGAGCACCUGCCUCACGAGUUCGACGACAAACGGCUCAGCAAAGUGGAGACGCUGCGUGCGGCCAUUGACUAUAUCAAACACCUGCAGAGCCUGCUGGAUGUAAAUGUCCCCGGGGUGGAGGUAUCACUCGGAGGGGCGCGCAAACUCGAGCGGCUACAGCAGAGCUCGGAGUGCAGCAGCGAUGGAGAAACCCAAACCAGCCUAAGCGAAAGCGGGGAUGUUGUUUAAAUAGCCCUGCCUGUCACUCAGACCUGCUGUGUAUGAUCAAAGUGUAAAAAGGAAAAAGGGACAGUAAAGAUGAGCUGUAAUUAUUAUUGAGUCAUAUUAUUUUUAUAUCAUGCAGUCAAUGCAAUAAUAAUGUCUUUCUUCACUUUCGGAAAAGGUACAUGUUACAAAAUAAUCCCAGCUCAUUUAUCUCAUCAUUAAAUUGAGUUGGUUUUUUUGUUGUUGUUGUUGUUGUUGUUGUUGUUGUUGUUUUUUAAAUCAUUAGGCUCAGUUAUUUUUUUGCCACAUGUUACAAGCUCCUUGUGGUUAAAAAGUAUCAACAAGGUUCCUGAGCUUACUUUUAACUAAAACAUAACCCUGUGCGAAAUGUUUACAAGCAACUUCUUUAGAGAGACUUUAGAGCAAGGGUGUCAUACAUGAGGCCAGGGGGCCAGAAUUGGCCUGGCAAAGACUCAGUCCAGCCCAAUGAACGCUUUGGAAAUUAUAAGCAAGUGCAUAGAUUUUGAACUUUUAACUGUAUUUUCAUAACUUUUAUAGCUUUUUCUUUGGAUUAAAAACCUCCCCUAUUAUCAUUCAUACCACAGCCAAUUGAUAUGUAAUAGAUAAACAAUUCAGUGACAAAAGUUCCUGUUUAUCCACUAUAGAAAUUUAAGUUUGCUUGUGUUUUUUUUAAACAGUGGGUCAACAGUAAUAGUUACCAGAACUUUUUCUGUAAUUUAAUAUCGUCAACACUUUUUUUGUUAUAUUAAGACAUCUCAGGGAUUAAAUGUUUAGCUAAAUGUCUUUCCACUGACGGAAAGGGAAAUUUCAACUGGUCCAGCCUACUUAACAUUAAAACGAGCUGUAUGUAGCCUAUGAUGUAACACUGGUUCAACAUCGCUGUGUCAGAGUCCCAUUUUUAUCCAUCCUUCUGCCUUCUUAACUGCUUAUUUAAUUCAGUGUCACGGAGGAGCUGGAGCUUAUUUCACCUUUUACUGUGGAACCUCGGGGUGCACAUCACAUGUUGACAGUCUCUUUGCUCUCCGGUUACUUUGAAAUGUUUUCCUCAGUUUUAAAGCGCUGGAUAUAGAUACAAAUAAAUAGUUUCCAUUAUGUAAGUUAAAAAAUAAUGGCUUUCCCGUGCACAGGUCUAAGGUGGCAUGUACAAUCAUGCACUGAAUGAUUAAGCAACUCAAAAAAUCUGCUGUUUGAACUUUUCUGAGCCUCCCGCAUGGGCAGUUUGGUUGUGCAAUCAGAAAAUCUGUUCUAAUCAAUGGAAUAAGGUGAUGCUAUCAUUCUGCUUUGACACACAAGAUUUCUAUUGAGUGGAAUUUAUUCUCUUUGGUUUGUUAUUUAACAACAACAUGCUCUGUCUCAUCUUGUUUCAAGAACGAGCGGCUAUAGAUAUAGUCAUAAAAAAAUGGGAGAAAUGAAAUCUCAAAUCUGCUACUGAACUAGUUAAGUAAAUAAAUUUAUUUAUAUAGCACUUUUCACAGAUAAAA